CUUUUUUUCUCCGUAGGCAGGGGCGUGAGUCCCGUUCGUGGGGUUCGGCCUGCCAGUUGCUCAGAGGUCGUUCCUUUGAUCACUUCUCGUUCAGAUUCCCGCCAUUCCUGAGGUUGUGCCUUGUACUCAGCUGUGAUACUAAAAUGCAGCCCCUAGUCUUGAGUAAUUUUCUACCGAUCUUGUUGAUCUGCACGUGGCCUCAUCCAUCAGCUGGCAAGAUCCAGCUCAGAAGCCCACGUGGAGCAGCUGAUGACACAACAAGUCUGUUGUACCUGCAAAAGUUUGGAUACUUGGCACCUACCUCAGGGAAUAGCCUGCCGCUGAUUGACGGUUCUGCGUUGAGAAGUGCGGUCAAGGAGUUUCAGGAAUUUGCCGGUCUAACAGCAACGGGGGACUUGGAUCAGGAGACGUUGGAUACAAUGGCCUUGCCUCGGUGUGGGGUGAAGGACAAAGUCGGCAAAGGUGUCAAUGCCCGAAGAAAACGUUAUGCUCUCCAAGGAAGCAGGUGGCGAGUCCGAGAUCUGAAUUACACCAUCUCUCAAUAUCCAUCGUCCACUCUCAGCAAAUCCGACGUAGAUAAAGAAGUCCAGAGAGCUUUCCAAAUUUGGAGUGACGUCACGGACCUCAACUUUCGGCAUGUGGAAGGCGGGAAAGUGCAUAUCGAUAUUAGGUUUGCAGAGGGUGAGCAUGGAGACGGGGAUCCGUUUGAUGGGCCAGGCGGUACCCUGGCCCACGCCUUCUUCCCCAUCUACGGCGGGGAUGCCCAUUUCGAUGACAAGGAGCAAUGGACCAUUGAUUCUUAUCGAGGGACGAACUUCUUCCAAGUAGCUGCUCAUGAAUUCGGACAUUCCCUGGGAUUGAGUCACAGUGAGGUACGCUCUGCCCUUAUGGCUCCCUUCUACAGAGGCUUCGAACCCAACUUCAAGCUCAAUUCGGAUGACAUAUCAGCCAUUCAGGGAUUGUAUGGGGACGGAAAAGGCAAGGGCCAAAAGGACCAAGUGGAUAAGCCGGUGACAGCGCCGAGUGUCGAGGACCCUGAUCUUUGUAACAAUCCUGAAGUUGACCUUGUUGUCACUAUAGGAAAGGAAACAUUCGCUUUCAAAGGAGACAAGUACUGGCAACUGACAGAGACUGCAGUUGCUCCAGGCUAUCCCAAGAAAAUUUCGGAUGAUUGGCCAGGCCUGCCGAAUGAUAUUGACACCGCUUUUACAUGGACAAACGGCAAAACCUAUUUCUUCAAGGGAUCAGAAUAUUGGAGAUAUACCGGGAGGGAAGCUGAUAAGGAUUACCCAAAGAAAAUCUCUGAAGGAUUCGAAGGCAUUCCAGACAAUAUUGAUGCUGCAUUUGUCUGGAGUGGGAACGGUCAAAUAUACUUCUUCAAGGGUAGGAAUAAGAAAUGA